ACGACACACCAUUUUUACGGUUUGUUUGAUCACGUGACCUCAAAUUUUCAGAUUGAAAGCCGCAAAAGUUAUAUCAUGCUGAGUCUUGUAAAAAGUUUGAUUUCUCAAAUAUUUCAUUGAUUUUCACAUAUGUUACAAGGAUGGAAAAGGAAGUUUCUUAUAAAUAUUGUUUAAAGCACAACUAGACAAUGUCUUCUACAAGUGCUCCAAGUACAAAUGACCUUGCCUUGCCAGUUGCUGCCAUUGUGUGCAUAUCUGUUGUGUGUUAUACAUUGUUAAUUAUAGGUGUACUAGUUCUUAGAUGGGCUAUUCGUAGACAUAACAUUUGUGAAAAUUGCUGCAAGUGUAAUUUAUGUGGAACAGAAGAACCCUUGGAAUGUACAUGUUGUGUGAAUGUUUCUCAGAGCUGUGACUGUGAUCCUAGUCUGAAUAGAUGUUUGGACAAAUUAUGUCCUAAUAGAAAGACGGUGCAGCAAUAUUGGAGAGAAAGGAAUGUGAGUUGUGUAGAUAUUUUGCUGUGCCAAUGUUUUGCAGGUCCAAAUAAUUGUUGUACAAAUGACGAGAAAGAAGAUACUUGUUGUGUAUUGCCGUGUGAUGUCAAGUGUAAUCAUUUCAACUUUUGUUGUUUUGAGGUCAAUUUGAGAACAACAACAAGUGAGCGAGAACAUUCUGACUUUCAAAUGAUGCAAGUGAACUCAGCAAGGAGUAUGCCUAGUCGUACUAAAUCUGGACGAGAACCUUCAACUGUGGUUCAAGUUAUAAAUAUUUAAUGGAAAAGAAAAUCCAUUUGUAUUUCAUAUUUGUUUGUUAAUUUUUUGUUUAAAUUUUAAAAAAAUUAAAGGAGUUUUAAAUAUUUGAUAAUCACAGACAUAAUUUUUUAUGUAAAAAUUAUUGUCAGUAUUUAGAGUUAAACGAAGCAGGCCACUAGAGUAAGUUCUAAAGUGUGUUUUUUUCAUGGAAAUAAAACAUAUCUGGUGUCUUUUCCUACAUAUCUUAUUUUUAGAGUUGCAAAUGAAUACAUGUAUAUCUCUGACUUUUUUUUUUAUCAAGCAGACUUGCAUUUUCCCUCCUUUUCAACAGUCUCAAAGAGGAAGUAUUUUGAAAUGAUUGUCAGAAUCUAGAAUUUAAUUUUAUGAAUGAGCUUCAUCUUUUUUUUUUAAAUAAGUACAUGUAUUUGAGGUUUAACAAUAUUAAAUAGAAAUAGAACAAACCCAUUGUUGUUUUCUCGAUAAUACUUAAAGAAACCUGUUAUGUAAACAAAUUAAAGUUCAUUUUGUUUAUUAAAAAUAUUUUAUCUCAUGAAACAAUUUUAACAUAUUUAUGAUCUUAAUAAUCAAAAUACUUGUAUUAUAUGAAUCUCAUUUUGUGUUGUGAUAAGUAAAACAUGCCAACUCUCUGCAGGUGAUGGUGCUAAACAUUUUCCUUUUUCAUUGAAUUUUUUCUUGCACAAUUCAUAUAAAUUUAAAUUCAAAACGUGUACUUGGCAGUGGUCAAAUAUUUUGAAUUUAUCUUUCCAAAUUGAAGUUCUUGUGUUGUGAUUGUAGAAUGUAUGAAUCAGUGAUAUACAGGAUAUUUGCUUUAGUGCUAUUGUGUUGACUUUUUAUUCUUCAUACAAAUCAUUUCUUUUUUAUUUGGAUACUUCAUGUAAGGUUUCUUGCCUUUAACACUUAAACAUCUUUAUAAGAAUUUAUUUUUGAUAUGUUCUUCAUACCACAAAAUCUGGAUAAAUGGUUUGAGUAGGAUAAAAUGAAAAGAAAGGCUUAUCGACCUAAACUAAUUCUUCAAGUCAGCAAUUUAUUUUCUCUCACUUUUGUAAAACAAUAAUGAAGAAAAGGUAUAGUAAAAGUUAAAAAAAAAAGUAAAAGUCAGUGUUCAUGUUAAGGUGGUACCCAACACUUUCACUAUAAUUAAUUUGGCUCGUUUAAUUUUCAUAAAAUUUUGACAAUGUACUGUAAAUUCAAAAAUUAUUGCGUGCAUUUAUUAUUGCGAUUUUGUCAUUUAAAACUUGCAUGCGAUUUUAUUUUUUACGAUUUUGAGAAAAGUCAAGCUUAAUUAAGUUAAAAUAUUACUAAAUGCGAGUUUUAAUUAUUGCGUUUACAACUCAGUCGCAUUAUUCGCAAUAAUAAAAACCUCGCAAUAAUUUCUGAAUUUACAGUAUUCACUUUGACCCUUUAACAAAAGAAUAAAAAUUUCAAAAAUUUUGAACCAACCGUUUUGUCAGAAAAAUUACACUGGUUAUAUAGCAGUUUGACAAACUUCAAUUUUGAUCAAUGAGAAGCUUGAUAUUCCCUUUACAACACAACGUUAUUAAAAUGUUAAGCUGACUUGACAGAGUUAUCUCCCUGUAGUGUUAGGUACCACCUUAAUACAAUGUUUAUUGAUUUGUAAAAGGAUUGGUUGUUCUGUAGUAUAGAUAUGUCUUUAGUCUGUCUACAUUUUAUUUACUUAUUGAGAAAUUUAAUUAAAAUUGCUUUGUUUAAAAUAAAUGAUUUAUUUUUUUGGAAAAUAAUUAAUUGGAAAAAAAUGAAAUUGGUAAUAUAAAUAUAUUUCUGUUGGUUUUAUUGUUGUUAUUGGGUUGCUUUUAUUAUUUUAUAAAACUGAAGUAGACAACAGACAUGAUAUUUAGGUUUUGUUUCUCAUUGACUGGCCUAAUAUCUACUUUUGUUCAUAUUUUGUUAUGAAAGAAUACAUAAUGAAAUUUUCAUCAGGGGCAGGUAGACACUUUAUUUUUAGAUUAAGUAAUGACAACAACAUACUGUUUUCUUUUAAUUUUAGUAGUGACAACAUUGUUGAGCUUUAAAGUUGUGAAUAUUCAGUAUAUUUUAUGAUUUUUGAAAAGAGAAAUUGAUCUACGUAACCCCAUUGGUCAUGUGAUCAGCAUUAUUUAUUGUUAUUGUAUAUGAGAUGUGACCAACGAAAUAUUUUACCGUCCAUUGUUAUAAGCAUUGUUAUUUAUUUAGAUAUUUAAUAAACUCAAAUAUUGUACA